AUGGCUGCUGCUGCUCGUACUCUCCGCAUUGGACUUAUUCCCGGUGACGGCAUCGGCCGAGAGGUCAUUCCGGCUGGUCGACGGAUUCUUGAAUCUCUCCCCUCAUCUCUGAACCUCAACUUCAGCUUUGUAGACCUGGAGGCUGGUUACGACACUUUCAAAGCUACUGGAACCGCCCUGCCCGACAAGACCGUCGACAUCCUCAAGAAGGAGUGUGAUGGAGCUCUCUUCGGCGCUGUCAGCUCCCCAAGCACCAAGGUCGCUGGCUACUCCUCCCCCAUUGUUGCCCUUCGCAAGAAGCUCGAUCUGUAUGCCAACGUCCGUCCCGUCAAGACCACCGCCGGCAGUAGCAACGGCAACCCAAUUGACCUGGUGAUCGUCCGUGAGAACACCGAAGACCUGUAUGUCAAGGAGGAGCAGACCAAGGAGACCCCGGAGGGCAAGGUCGCCGAGGCCAUCAAGCGCAUUUCCGAGCGCGCCUCGUCGCGCAUCUCCACCAUCGCCGGAGAGAUUGCCCUGCGUCGCCAGAACAUCCGCACCGCAGCCCCCGGAACCUCAAACCGCACCAGCCCCAUGGUGACCAUCACCCACAAGUCGAACGUCCUCUCUCAGACCGACGGUCUCUUCCGUGAGACCGCUCGCAAGGCCCUUGCCGCACAGAAGUUCUCUUCCGUCCACGUGGAGGAGCAGAUCGUCGACUCCAUGGUCUACAAGCUGUUCCGCCAGCCUGAGUACUAUGAUGUCAUUGUCGCUCCUAACCUGUACGGUGACAUUCUGUCGGACGGUGCCGCCGCGCUCGUCGGCAGCCUGGGUCUCGUUCCCAGCGCCAACGUCGGCGAUGGCUUCGCUAUCGGUGAGCCCUGCCACGGCUCUGCCCCCGAUAUCGAGGGCAAGGGCAUCGCCAACCCCAUUGCUACCCUGCGCAGUGUUGCUCUCAUGCUCGAGUUCCUCGGCGAGGAGAACGCUGCCGCCAAGAUCUACGCCGCCGUCGACGGCAACCUGGACGAUGCUAAGUUCCUCUCCCCCGACAUGGGUGGCGAGGCCACUACCGAGGAGGUUCUGAACGAUGUGCUGAAGCGCCUGUAG